AUGCAUUUUGAUUCUAAAAAUAAAACUGGUAAAAUUGUAAUAUAGUAAGAUAGAUAGACUAUUGGUGCCUUAAAUAAUUAAUUAACAAUUCAUUCCAUAUAAUUUUACUUAUAAGAUAGUAGAUCUUAACGAUGAAAAUAACUAAAUAAAAGCUUUGGAGGAAAGUAAAUGCGUUAUUAACUUUGAUGUUGUAAUAAUAAGAAAGUAAGAAGUAUUAUUCAAUACAAUAAGUUAAGAUUAUAAUUUACAUUAGAUGAUUAUUAUAUUUGAUCUUGAUAAUUCUGCAUACAAUUAUUUACAACUUGAGAUUACUUGA